AUGGCUGGGUGGACAUUUAAUAACCCAAAGUCGAAUCCCAAAGCAGUGGAUGGGAAUGAAAUGUUGAAGGGUCUUGUUUCUCAGAAGUCUUCUGGUUUGGACCUCAUACAGAACUGCGAUCUUCCUCCUCCGAUGAAAAUCUUUACGGGUUCCGAUAACAAGACUGUUUUGUCAUCCAUGAACAGGGCUUGCAGCAUGAGUAUGACCCAAGAAGAUGAUAACAGGGAUGAAUUUGACAUGUGUGGAAACAGAGGUGACGGCGACGAGAAUGAGAAGUUGGAGCUUUUGAAGGCGCUGAGGCUGUCGCAGACAAGAGCAAGAGAGGCAGAAAAGAAGGCUGAGAAGUUGGGAAAGGAGAAAGACUGCCUUUCUGAUGCUCUGCUUGCGGAGGCCAGGGAGUUGUUUGCAUAUAGGCAAUGGGUGAGGUUGCUUGAGCUUAAAGUUUCCAAGUUGGAGUCACAAUGGGCAGAGCAAGAGGAAGAGGGAUCUUUUGGGGGUGGCAGAUCAAAGGGUUUGGAGGAGCAGUCGGUGAAGGAAGGAGAUGAGGGUGAGAAUGGGGAUGGCAUUUCUUGGAUUGUAGCUUUGGCUCUUUGUUUUGGCAUUGCCGGGGUAGGCUUUGCAUUUGGCUGCAGAUAUUUAUGUUGA